AUCUUGAUUGUGAAAAUAUUAAAGAAAGUAAUAGAAGAACAGAUAACUGUUUGCAUAAUAAUUCUAUUUUGGAGAACAGCAACUUGGUUCCCACUAUUGACCAGUUUGUUAAUAGACAUAUCGAUACUUCUUCCAAAAAUGAACCUUUUCCAGAUAUGUCAUUCACAGAAGAUCAACCUAUUACACAAUCCAAGAUGGCAGAUCUUUGCUUGUCUAAUAUUAGGUCAUCAUUACAAAAGAAAAAAUUUUCAUCAGAAAUUAUUAACCUGAUAGAAAAGGCAACCAAUGAGUCUUCAAAUAAUAUAGUUGGAUUAGCCAUUAAAAAAUAG